AUGGCAUCAAACCACCAAGGGAAAGGCACACUUUAUACAUUUCCUGGUAAUAUUCAAGGUUUCAAAGCUCAAAUUGCCGCUAAAUAUAGUGGAGCAGAACUGACUAUUGCCAAUGAGAAUCAAUUCAAAAUGAAUGAAACUAAUCGUUUAGAAGAAUAUGUUAGUAAAUUUCCCACAAGCAAAGUACCCGCCUAUGAGAAUGAUGCUGGCUUUUAUCUAUUCGAAUCGAAUGCUAUUGCUCAUUAUCUAUCCAAUGAACAACUUCGUGGUAAAUCAUUAGUUGAACAAUCUGAAGUUCUUCAAUGGAUUGAAUACAGUGAACGAGAAAUUAAUCCAGUAUCAGUCACAUUAGCUUACCCAUGUAUGAGUAUCUUACAGUUUAAUAGAAACAAUAAUGAGCAUGCAAAAUCUGAGCUGAACAAUAUUUUACGAUUACUCAAUCAGUAUCUUCGUACGCGAACAUAUUUCGUUGGUGAACGUAUUACACUAGCUGAUAUUACUAUUGCUUGUGAUUUACUUUUAUUAUAUCAAUGGAUUAUUGAUCCAGCUACACGUGAAACCUAUUCAAAUUUAACACGAUGGUUUUUAACAUUAAUCCAUCAAGCAGAAUUAAAAGAUGUUAUUGGUAUUGAUUUCAAAUUAUGUGAAAAAACAGCACAAUUCGAUGCAAAGAAAUUUGCUGAACUUUCACAGAAAGAUCAUGUUAUUCAAAGUCAACCACGUGCGAAAAAGUUAUCACAUAACGCCGAUGAACAUAAAGAGGAAGCGAAAUCUAAAAAAGAAAAAAAGUCUGCUAAGCAAGAAGAAAAACAAGCGAAGAAACCUAAAGAAAGUGAAACAAAGGAAGAAGAUCGUGCAGAUGAUGAAACUGAUGAUGCGUAUGCUAAUGAACCAAAACAAAAGGAUCCAUUCGCUGAUAUACCUAAAACAACAUUCAAUAUGGAUGAAUUUAAACGUGUAUAUUCAAAUGAAGAUACAGCUGAAAAAGCGUUACCCUAUUUUUGGACAAAUUUUGAUAAAGAUCAUUGCUCAAUAUGGUUUUGUGAAUAUAAAUAUUCAGACGAAUUAACUCAAAUAUAUAGAACCUGUAAUUUAGCAUCUGGAUUUUUUCAACGCUUAGAUAAAUUACGUAAACAUGCAUUUGGUAGUAUGUGUGUUUUUGGAGAAAACAACAAUAACACUAUUGCUGGUAUUUGGUUUUGGCGCGGACAUGAGCUUGCUUUCGAACUGUCACCUGAUUGGCAAGUUGAUUAUGAAUCUUAUACAUGGAAACGAUUAUCUGUGGACGAUGAAAAUACACAGAAAUUAGUUAAUCAAUAUUUACUUUGGGAAGGGGAACACAAUGGAAAAAAAUUUAAUCAAGGCAAGAUUUUUAAAUAA